AUGUUGGACGGCUUCCACAAUGGCCAUUCCAAGGAGGAGCUCAAGUCGCAAGGCGCGAUUGAAGCAGCACGCGACCCGCACAGCAAAGUGACGGUCGCAGACGCCGAGCAGACAAUCCUGGACGAGUCCAAGAAGGGGGGAGCCGCCGCCUUUCAGUUUGACGCAAACGCGUCGUCUACAGAAAAGGCGCGUCAAGUCAAAGCCCGAUUGCCGCCGGAGCUUCAACACAUUCGCCAGCAUCAAACAGCCGUGCUCGCUUCAGAUCAAGACGACAACUUGAAGCCUGCUUAUGAUAUUCCUACCGCGCCCCUGAGUGCCCCCUUGCCUUCACCAGCAAAGUCGGCUGCCGGAUCAAGCAAUGGCAGUCCGGAGAAAGAAGAGGAUUGGGCAAAGGUUGGCUGGGCUCCUCGCUUUGGCCAGCUGCCCGAUAGCGCCAGCAUCGAUGGCAGCAUGCUAGACCAUCAGACCAUGCUCGAGGGCAAGUUGGACGACAAGUUCUUUGGGGAUUGGUACCAUAACACCGGUGUCAUCAUCUUUGCCUGUUUGUCCUCGUGGGUCGUCGCUGUGCUGGGUGGAGGUCUUGGUUGGCUAUUCAUCGUCAUGGCCAUUUGCGGCACCUACUACCGCACCUCGAUUCGCAGAGUGCGCCGUAACUUCCGCGACGACGUCCAUCGCGAAAUGGCAAAGGCCCGUAUCGAGACUGAUGUCGAGUCUCUGGAGUGGAUCAACAGCUUCAUGGCUAAAUUCUGGCCCAUCGUCGCUCCCGUCAUUUGCGGCACCAUCGUCAGCUCUGUUGACCAAGUUUUGUCUACGUCGACUCCAGCAUUCCUUGACAGCAUGCGCAUGAAAUUCUUCACCCUCGGUACAAAGCCUCCUCGUCUUGAACAUGUCAAGACUUAUCCCAAAGCUGAAGAUGACAUUGUUCUCAUGGACUGGAAGUUUAGCUUUACUCCCAACGAUACUGCAGAUUUGACCGCUCGCCAAAUCAAGAACAAGAUCAAUCCAAAGAUUAUCCUUGAAGUCCGUCUCGGUAAGGGUAUGGUCAGCAAGGGCAUGGACAUCAUUGUCGAAGACAUGGCUUUCUCUGGUCUGAUGCGUGUCAAGAUGAAGCUCCAAAUUCCAUUCCCGCAUGUUGAGAAGGUUGAGAUCUGCUUCCUCGAACGUCCUACCAUCGACUAUGUCUGCAAGCCUCUUGGUGGUGACACUUUUGGCUUUGACAUCAACUUCAUUCCUGGUCUCGAGACAUUCAUUCAAGAGCAAAUCCACGCCAACCUUGGUCCCAUGAUGUACAAUCCCAACGUUUUCCCCAUCGAAAUUGCGAAGAUGCUUGCCGGAAAUCCUGUUGAUCAGGCCAUUGGUGUCUUGCAAAUCACUUUCCACGGUGCUCAAGGCCUCCGGAACCCUGACAAAUUCUCUGGUACUCCUGAUCCGUACUGUACUGUCUCGGUCAACAACCGCGACGUACUUGGCAAGACUCAGACUGUGCAUGAGAAUGCUAAUCCUCGCUGGAACGAGACUAUCAAUGUCGUUCUUACAAGUCUCAAGGAUGCCCUCACUCUACAGGUCUACGACUACAACGAGUUCCGCAAGGACAAGGAACUCGGUUCUGCUACCUUCGCCCUUGAUCAGCUAGAGAAUCAAACUGAAUUUGAAGCUCAACAUCUCGAAGUCAUGGCCAAUGGACGUGCUCGUGGCGUUAUUCAAGCUGACAUUCGCUUCUUCCCUGUCCUCGAGGGUGACAAACUCCCUGACGGUACUGUUCAGCCUCCACCCGAGAGCAACACUGGUAUCGCCAAGUUCACCAUUGAAAGCGCAAAGGAGCUUGAUGGUAGCAAGAGCAUGAUUGGUCAACUCAACCCCUAUCCUGUCCUGCUUCUCAAUGGAAAGGAAAUCCACAUUGGCAAGAAGCUCAAGAGAACCAACAACCCAGUCUUCCCCGAUGCUACUAAAGAACUACUCAUCACUGAUCGCAAGAAGGCAAAGCUUGGUCUUGUCAUCAAAGACGAUCGAGACAUGGCCGCUGAUCCCAUCAUUGGUACCUACCAGCUAAAACUUGACGAUAUGCUCGAACUCACGAGCAGAGGUCAAGAAUGGUACAAUCUAGCUGGCGUCAAGACUGGUCGCGCCAAGAUGUUGUUACAAUGGAAACCUGUCGCUCUCAAGGGUGCUCUUGGUGGCUCUGGAGGUUACGUUACACCUAUCGGCGUUAUGCGUCUUCACUUCCAGAAUGCUCGCGACUUGCGCAAUCUCGAAACUCUCGGCAAAUCGGAUCCCUACAUUCGUGUCAUGCUUUCUGGGGUCCUCAAGGCCAGAACCGUGACCUGGAAGAACAACCUUAAUCCCGACUUUGACGAGGUCUUGUAUGUUCCUGUGCAUUCAACUCGCGAGAGGCUCAGCUUCGAGGUCAUGGAUGAGGAAAAGAUCGGUAAAGAUAGAUUGCUUGGCAUGGUCGAGCUUGCUGUUUCGGACUAUGCUCAGCAAGACGAAUCUGGCGAGUACCUUGUCGAUGACACCAAGAAGCCUCUGUCUCGUAGUCUCCGACUUGGUGCAACUGGUCAGCCCAAGGGUCUUUUGAACUUUACAGCAUCCUUCUUCCCAACAUUGAAUGUCAUCGAUCCUGAAGAUGAAGACAAAGAUGACAAGUCGAAUUUAGCAGUACCCGAUCCUACAGCAGAGCCUUCAACUCCUACUCUUGAGGUCACGCCUGCGACUGGUCGUGCUCGUAGUAACACAGCUGGCACUAUUGGGUCCCUCAAAUCUAGUCCCGCCGCUGCUGAGAUGCGUCAACAGCUUGCUGCCAAUGAGAACGCCCAAGAUGAUGGUCUGCCUAUCAAGAAGGAAGUGCCGAAAGUCCGCAUUAGUGCGGAGGAUCUUGCAAACUAUGAAUCUGGUCUGCUCGUCUUCAAGAUUCUUGACGGUGAACUUGCCUCGGCUGGUUGCCAUCUUGAAGUCAUCAUGGACGACAUGCUCUUCGCCUCAUACACCUCAUCCAAGACCCGCUCAAAACACUAUACUUUCAAUGAAACUGGUGAUGCCAUGGUCCGCGAACUUGAUCUGUCCAGGAUCACGCUUCGUCUUGUGGAAGAGGUUGAUUCCAAGGGAGAUGACGACCACGAUAAACAUAUCAAAGCCAAGCUCACUGGCCAGACGUUGGAAGUCCUCAAGUCUGCUUUGUACACACCUACUCAACUCACACUCAAGGAUAGUCAAGGCCGUGACAGCAAGGUCACUGUCAGCUUGAAAUACCUGCCUGUCAAGAUGAAGUUGGAUGCCUCUGAGAGCAUCAACAACCAAGGAAACCUCCGUGUCGAGGUUCUUGACGCUGCUGACCUUCCUGCCGCUGACCGUAAUGGUUACUCUGACCCAUACGCCAAGUUUACACUCAACGGCAAGGAGAUAUUCAAGAGCAAGACCCAGAAGAAAACCCUCCAUCCUGCUUGGAACGAGUUCUUCGAAGUUCCUAUCCGAUCUAGGACCGGAGACAAGUUCCAAGUCGACGUAUACGACUGGGACUUUGGUGACAAGGCCGACUUCCUUGGCAAAGCUGCCAUCAAUCUUGAUAUCCUUGAACCUUUCCGUAGACAAGAAGUCACUCUAGGUCUUGAUGGUAAGAGUGGAAGCAUCAGGCUGGGUAUGCUCUUUAAGCCAGACUAUGUCACCAGAUCUCGUCAAGGCUCGUCCACCUUCCACGGCACUUUUGCCGCGCCCGGAAAGAUUGUCGGCGCGCCAGUCAAGGGUGUUGGCAAGGGCGCUGUAUUCGUCGGUGGCAAUGUUGUCCGUGGUGCCUCUUUCCUCGGCCGUGGCUUCCGCCGCAGAAAGUCGAAUGCUGAGCAAGAUGGCGAUGAAGUCGUCACUGACGAUACACCCACGCCUGGAGCAGCUCUGACUGAACAACAAUCUCCUGAAUACUCAGUCAACGUCGAGGGACCCGGUACACCACACUCGCGCACCCGCAGCUUUGGCGCUAAUGCUACCACUUCUCCACCCUCCUCUUCCGAGACUGGCACAGCAUCCAUCUCUGUUCUCUCGGCUUCUGGGUUCCCUGCUGGCACGAAGGUCGAAGUCAAGAUCUUGCAUGAUGGACCUGGUGGAUUAAAGGAGAUUAUCAAGACCAAACCCAUCAAGACAAAGGGUGAAGAGGUUUCGUGGUCUGAGCUGAGACUUGAGAAGAAGAUCUCUUGUACACCAGACUCUGGCUUCCGUAUCAUCGUUUCUGAUCACCAUACCUUUGGCAAUGGAGCUGAGCUAGGAGAAGCACAGUUCUUCAUCGACGAUCAAGGACAAGGCGGUGAAAAGGAAGUCAAAGUCGGUCCAGGCUCUGUCGUUGUAAGAUCUUCUUGGCGACCGUCUACUGCUGAUUCUGCUUCUAUGCUGGGAUCUAUCCGCGGUAGUCCCGGCGGCGCAGCGAAUCUUGGUGGCUCGAUCGGUCGCAGAAGUUUCAUGGGCAGGAGGGAAAGAAGUGUCACCCCCAUCGCUCCUGGACAGGCGCCACAGUCUUAG